AUGAGGUUAUUUUUUUGUGUGUAUUCCAAAUUUGAAAAGCAUAAAUGGGAAAUUUCGCGAAAACGUUCUGCCGGCUUUGCCUCAAUGUCAUAAGUGAUGGAAAUUUUAAAGUAAUUGAAGAAACUAUUGAAGAAGUUCUAGAGAUUCUUCUCGUGAAACUGUGUGCGGAAGAAAUAACAGAGCCUGUAAUAUGCAUUGCUUGUUCCACGACAGUAUUGGCGGCAUUUCAGUUCAAGGCAACCUGUAUGGACACGGAGGAUAGUAUUUUUCCUUACGUUAAUUCUGAAAACGUGGCAUCUGCUGAUUUAAGAGAAAUUUAUCUCAAGAUACGAGGUAAAGAACAUUUGAGAGCCAUAUUGGAAGAAGAGAGAAUUUGUCGAUUGUGUAUGCAGAUGAACACCAGUGGAUUUACAUCGGUAGAAGAUGUGGAAACUGACAUGAUCCAAAAGUGUAUUCCAGAAAUAAAUUUUGAUUCCACCAAGGAGCCGGUAGUAUGUGCAGGUUGUCUGGAUUCUCUGAACGCUCACAGCAGUUUAAUAAGAAAGUGUCUAGAUGUUGAGGAACAAAUAAAAAAUGUUCAUGGAAACAAAGAGAAUCUGUUUUGUGUUAAGACUGAUGAGAUUGAAAUAAAAUCUGAGGAACCCGAUAACGAUAGUGACUCUGCUCUCCGUAAUGAUCACGAAUGGACCAUCCAGCGCAAGGGUAAUUUAAAACUUAAUCUGUACAAAUGCUAUGCAUGCGAUUUGAAAUACAAGCACAGGAGCAACCUUUCACGCCAUCAAAAAAGUCACAAAGAUAUUCCUAGGAAGCGGUUGCACAAGUGUGAUACGUGCAACUUCAAAACCUAUCGUAAGGACCAUCUCACACGACAUCAGCUCAAACACAAAAGCCCGUCUGAGGUGCAAAUGUACCACUGCAAUACAUGUGACUUCAAAACUAAAUAUAAAGGGUCUCUCACAAAUCAUUUACUGUCACACGAAGAUUAUUCCAAAGAGUCGAUAUAUGAAUGUCAGUCUUGUGGUAUAAAGUACAGGCAUAAAAGUAGCCUUUCGCGCCAUAAGCUAAUUCACAAACGCAUUAAUAAAAGAAAAAAGUAUGAAUGUAUAACAUGCGGCUUCAAAGCCAAACGUAAGGACCACCUUACACGACAUCAGCUCAAACACGAAAGUCUGGCCGAGGUGCAAAUGUACAAGUGUGAUACGUGCGACUUCGUAGCAUGCAAUAAUUACAUUCUCACACGGCAUCAGCUCAAAAACACAAAUAUCCGUCUGAGGUGCAAAUGUACCACUGCAAUACAUGUGACUUCAGAACUAAAUAUAAAGGAUCUCUCAUAAAUCAUGUACUGUUACACCAAGAUUAUUCCAAAAAGUCUAUAUAUAAAUGUCAGUCGUGCUAUAUGACGUACAAGCACAAAAGUAAUCUUUCGCGCCAUAAGCUAAUUCACAAAGACAUUUCUAAAAUAAGAACGUACGAAUGUGCAACAUGCGGUUUCAACACCAAACGUAAGGACCACCUUACUCGACACCAGCUCAUACACAAGCCCAAUCGAGGUGCAAAUGUACCAUUGUGAGACACGUGAUUUCAAAACUAAACAAAAGAAGCACCUUUCAAGACGUCAGUUGAUACACAAAUAUUCUGGAAAGUAGGGAUGUGAGAUUUUCGUUAUUCAGGAAUAUUCAAUAAACAUAAAAAUGUUACAGUUAAUUCACUUUUGGAAACGUUUGUGAUGUCUGAAUGCAGUUUCAUGUCGGACAUGUUGAACAUUUCAGGAAAAAAGUAUCAUAUUAUGAACUUCCAUGGACAUCGUACAAAAAUUUCCUGUGAGAGUUACUAGGGGGUACGAAAUAUUAA